AUGCCAAACGCAGAAGAGCAGAGCAAGGAGGCCAAGAGGAGGGAAUAUAAUCGCAAUGCUCAGCGAAUGUUUAGGCAACGUCGCAAGGAGCAUAUUAGGAAUCUAGAGCGUGCGGAGCGCGAACGGAUCUCAAGCCAGUUAGAGGAGAUCGAGCUCCUGCGGCAGGAGAACCUGGAGCUUCGACAGGAGAAUGAGACGCUAUCGAAAUUCGGCUCCAGCUGCAGCUCUCCCUCGUUGCUCUCAGUUGGCCGUCCUUCACAUAUUGGUCUUCAUGAGUCAAGUCCUCUCAUGACAACAGCCGAGUCAGUCCCGGGCGUCUACUCCGGGUGUCUCUUCCCAGACGCUGCUGCAGCAACAACAACAAGUGCUGCAAUAUCCCCCCGUAGCUCAUUGGAAGACGCUCCAACCCCAGCAAAUAGAUUCUGCAUCGUGACACCAUACGACGUCCGUCGAGUUCGCACUUACCUAUACUCACUCUUCCAUCCUGUCCUAAACCUCGCCGUGCAUGGCGCCUAUCCGGAUCCACAACUACAUUUUUUUACACUCUCAAGGCUAGCACCCUCUCUUCCUCCAUCAUUAAAACCCACCGCUCUCCAGCUGCAGACACCACACAACCCUCGGAUCGAUCUGAUACCCUCACCGACACUGAGAGAUACGUUACUGAGUGUAGACGCUGCCACAGCGUCCACAUUCCUAACAGAAGUUUGUACGUUUGCAUGUGAGAUCGAAGACCAUGGACAGGUGAUUAUCUGGGGAGAAAAUUUCCUUAAUGAGUUUUCAUGGGAGUUCUCGGCAACGGUGUUGGAGCGAUGGGGCGGUUGGAUUCUUCCCUCUAUCUGGCGUGAGCGAGCGGACUUCUGGCGGCGUCAGAGAGGGGACCCAGUGCUUUACAGCACCUGGGAGGACCUUGUAUAG